AUGGUCCUCCAAGUCCUGGCCAUACUGGCCCUCACAUACCUAGUAUGGAGUCUAGUUGCCAUGGAAAUAAACUACCGUCGCGCAUCAACCAUGGGAAUUCCUCGAAUCCGAUUGUGCAUAGACGGCGGUAACCUGCUAUGGCAGUUCUCCCAGUCCUAUGUCUGGUGCUUACUUGAUCUGCUGGGCCUUGAGCUCGGUAACUUCCGUUAUUCUCGAAGGGGAUGGGCAACCUACGAUAAGGCUAAGACGCAUAUUCGUCAUGGCCCUGCUUGGGCUUUGGUUACCCCGCGUCGGAUAUACGUUUACGUUGUUGAUUCUAAGGCUAUCAAUGAUAUUUUUCAGAGACGGUCGGAUUUUCUCCGACCAACUGAGGCAUACAAGAUUCUUGAGGUUUAUGGUCCUUGUAUCUCAACUGCCUCCCCAGAGAACUGGCCUCGUCACCGCAAAGUGAUGGCAACUCCGUUCAAUGAGAAUGCCAUGUCAUUUUUGUGGGAUGAAAGUAUCAAGCAAUCAGAGCAGAUGGUGAAGACUUGGACCUCUUCAAAAACUGGCCAGAUUAAAAGUGUCGCUAAGGACACACGAACAGUCUCUUUGAAUGUCAUCGCUGCUAUUGGGUUCCGAAAAUCAUACCCCUUCCGAAGCGCCAAUGAACCCCAAGAGGAAGAUUCUCAGGAUCCAACCAACUAUCGUGAUGCUCUGCAAAUAGUGCUGGAUCAUUGCAUUAUGUUGAUGGUCAUUCCACGAAAGUGGCUCUCCCUUCCCUUUGCACCUAGUUCCUGGCAUAAGGUUGCCAAAGCAUCUAAAGGGUUUCAACAGCAUAUGACGCGCAUGUUGAACGAGGAAGUCAAAGCUCUAAAUGAAGGGAAAGCCGGAUCAGGCAGUAUGAUGACAUCCUUCGUGCGUGCUAUGGAUCUCAAUCAGAAAACAGGCGCGGAAAUCAAAGGACAGGAUACGCCUAUGAAAGGAUUGACGGUGGAUGAGAUCUUUGGCAAUAUCUUUGUGAUCAAUUUCGCUGGUCAUGAUACUACAGCUAAUACGCUGGCCUUUGCGAUAAUGCUUUUAUCGGCGUAUCCAGAUAUCCAAUCUUGGAUUACAGAAGAAUUGCGUCAAAUCACACCGGAAGAGAUGCAAGGCUCUUACGCAGAGCUCUUCCCAAAGCUUAAACGCUGUCAAGCUAUCCUUCAUGAAACACUCCGUGUCUUUGCCCCUGUUAAUGUCCUUCAAAAGAAAGUCGACGAUCAACCACAGUCAUUGCAAAUUGGCGAGAAAACUGUAAUCUUCCCACCAAAGACAUACGUAUUCGCCAAUAUUGCAGCUGCGCACGCCUAUCCCGAAUACUGGGAUGAACCCGAAAAAUGGAACCCAUCACGCUGGAUUAAGCCCUCUGGAAAUGGAGAUCUCAUAGAUGAAAGCCUCAUAACACCUGCACGAUGCACAUAUUUCCCCUGGGCUGAGGGUCCACAGAAUUGUCCGGGUAACAAGUUCUCGCAGGUGGAGUUUGUAGCUGUUAUGGCGCGACUACUUCGAGAUCAUCGUAUCUCUGCUGUUCCAAAUCCUGGUGAGACGAAUGAACAGCUUCGAACGAGGAUUUUGGCGGUUGCACAUGAUGUCGAUAUGCAGUUACUCGUGCGGAUGAAAGAUCCGGAUCGGGUUCGAUUGGCUUGUCGGCGUAUAUAG